ACCUGUGACAGUAAGCCAGUCACACAACAGGAAGGAGGAAGAAAAGGAUUAGAUGACUUACCCGUAUUUGUAAAAUCUCGACCUCAAAUCUGUGAUUGCCAUGUAAAUUUUGAACAUCCGGUGAAGUUACAGACUAUCUCUCUUCAUACCAAGCCACUAGCACUUAUGUCAAACGCGACGUUCACCUCCAAUGCUACGGGAGAACAACAUUUCUGUCCCCUGCUACAGCUUAUGCAGGAGCAUGCCCUUAACAACCAGACCAAAACGAACUGGAUAGUGGUCUGCUUCCAUGGACUCGUCUCCUGUUUGGGGAUUUUGGAGAAUGCUCUGAUCCUUUGGGUGGUGGGCUUCCGUCUGCAACGCCGUACUGUGGCCUCUGUCUGGGUGCUCAAUCUGGCCAUGUCUGACUUCCUGGCCACCUUGACACUUCCUUUCUUCACCAUCUACCUCGGCUCCUCCCACAGUUGGGAACUUGGCAACGCCCUCUGCAAAAUACAAGCAUCCAUCUUUUUCUUGAACAUGUUUGUUUCCGCCUUCCUGCUGGCAGUCAUUUCACUGGACCGCUGCGUUCUUGUAAUCAAACCGGUGUGGUGUCAGAAUCAUCGAUCAGUGGCACGAGCAUGGAAGGUUUGCUUGCUGGCUUGGCUGUGGGCAGCAGUUAAUACAUUCCCUUACUUCCUCUUUCGCUCAGUGACUGAGACCGUGGAUAAAAGGAAACUGUGCUAUCACAAUUUUGCCUUGUAUCAAACAUCAGAAAACACCCUUGAGAGUGACUGUGAGGUGAGACAAACAGCCACAGCUCUCUCAAAGCUGCUGCUGGCUUUCCUAAUUCCCCUCAUGGUGAUUGCUGGAAGCUACAUCCAAAUCGCUCUGAGUCUGAAGAACAGGAAUCGGAGGAGGAUGCAGCAGAGUGUCAAGUUAAGUGAGGCUUUGAUUGGAUCAAAUAAUAAUGAGACAUCAGGAAAUACAAGUAUUACAAAUAUCCCUCCAAAGCUAGGCGCUUUGAGACCAUCAUUGUCCCUUUCCCCAGUAUCCUUGUCUCCAACCACCUCAUUUAGUAUCAACAAUCACAAUCAGCUGUCCCACAGCUUCACCAAAAUGGUGACAUUUGUGAUUGCGGUAUUUGCUCUUUGCUGGGCUCCCUAUCACAUCUUCUGCUUGAUUGAGGUGUCAGCCCUGUAUUAUCGGGAAAACCUUAAAGUGGUAGAGGUGGGAUUGCAUUUAGCUACAACAAUUGCAUUCUUAAAUCCAGUGUUGAAUCCUAUUUUGUACGCCUUUAGCUGCCCGCACUUUUGUGUGAGAAUAAGACAAAGCCUGGGAGCUGUCUUCGAUGGACUCGUUGAGGAGGGAGGAGGAAAACGGUUGGCUCCAAGACUUAGUAAGCAUGCACAUAGGAGGAAUGAAAACAGCCAAGUUGCUCACUUUACUACACCAGGAUCACCAAGGACUCCACAUUCCCCUCAGACAUUGCCUGAUCCUCACCCAAACUAAGCGGCCACAGAUUAACAAGGCCUCAAAGAGGAUCCCAAAGCAUACACACCAGCAAUGAAGAGGAAUACAUUGUUAUUUUGUGACUCACUUGGCAAAAGGAACACCAUGACUAUGUAUAUAUAUAUAUGUAUCUUUGUAAAUUGGGUGAUAUUGAUUGAGCAAAAUGUUCAGUCCUCCUGAAAUUUCCUAAAAGUAUUUGUUUUGAUUCUUUUUUUUUUUUUUUUUUUUUUUUUUUUUUUUUUUUUUUUUUAGUAUUAUUAAUCUAGACCUCAAGGUAGGGCACUAGAGUUCUGUGAUUUUUUUCUUGAGCCAAUGGAUAAGAUUGCUGACAUUUGAUGAUAAAAAAAAAAUGAAGUGGUCUGAUAAUGCGGGACUUCCAAUUGCAUGAAUUCCAAAUAAAGAAUAUAAGAAUGCAAUUGCAUUGUGUGAGCAAUCUUGCAAAAAUACCGAUACGUCUGAGUUGUGAAAUGACAAUAAUUCAUAGUUAAUCGCUAGAGGGCAGUCUGUCAUCCAUCCAUUAACAUAAAAUAUGUUAAAGUAGGAUUAUGCUUUUCAGGUCCCCUAAUCCAGGAUCAUUAUAAAUCUGCACUGUUGAACAUUUGACCACCUUUCUGGAAGAUUGGACUUGAUGGUAUCAGACACUAAUUUUGAUUGACUGUCUAACUACUGCCGGUCAAAUUGUCUGGUUUCAUCACUCUACACACUGAGGGUGCUAGGUGUAAUGUGGGUCAAACCGAAUGUCGGAUUACCAUGGAGGUAGUUGUAAUUUGGAAAGAAUAUUAAAAAGGGAAGAUCGUGAAUAUAAAAAGAGAACAGGAUUAAAACGAAAGACUAAGACCUACAUACACAGCUCCCUUUUGAUCUCUACCAUUCAACAGAUAAUCUCUCAGUAGUUGGGACAUUUCUGCCCCACUGUUUCCUUCUCUUGAUCUAAGCAUUGUGCAUGUAAAGCACAAGUAUGUGACUUGAAGGGAUAUAGCAAACGAAUUUCUUUUCUUAUCAAUGAAAGUAUCUAAAAAGCUGUAAUAAAAAUAUAAACGUGUUGCUCGAUUCUGGCGCCUGCCUACUAAAAUACAUUUAAAUUGUUCAUAGUAGAUGUUUGACUCAGUAUAUCAAAAUCUAUGCCAAAAAGGUACUGCUUGGUAGACAGCAGAAGAAAGCGAGUGCGAAGGUGAUUGAAAGAAUUGCUUGAGAGGGUUUAAUGCACUAACACAGUGCUUAUACUUGACAGAUGCUGUGUAGAGCAUUAAAUCUGUGUAGUAUGUUUGUGAUUUCUUUUGGCCACCAGGCACCACGCUCCUGUUUACUUGAAUUCAACAUGUUGAUGGUUUGUUGUUUUUAAUCAACUAAAUAUAUUGCAUUGUGUGAGCAUCAUAUGGCAUACAAAUCAAAUAGAGCAGCUUGAAGAUACAGUCGCUCAUAUAACAUGGUUUGUAUUGAUGAUCAUGAUUGCAUUGUAAUGUUCUAUAAUAAAAAAAUAAAAAUAAAAAAGUGAUUUGAUAAAUGAAAGGAAAAAAACAUUGUUUUUACUCAUUAUAUGGGUUUCAGCGUUUGUAAGUAAAAAUAAAUAAAUAAAUAAAUAUCAAUGAUGCUUGUAAUAAAAAAAAAAAAUGUGUGUGGUUCAAUGUGAUGUAUUAUCCACUUUUUUAAUAGGAUUUUACAAUACUACAAACAUCAGAAAGUAAUACAUUCAAAUAUCCAUCACUCCAAUCCUAUCUGAUUCAGGUGGGACACACUCGCCAGUCAUUCAGAGGUCGACAAUUCAUACCAUUAUUGAGUCAGUGAGAGAUUGAGCUUGAAAUGAGAUUAUUGGAACUAGUGGAAAAAAGUCUGCAACUUCCCUCAUGUACAUAUUGGGGGGAAAAAAGUUUUCGAAAUAAAUAUGUGGGUGUUUUUUUUUUUUUUUUUU